AUUUAAGCGCGUUAUAUUUCUGUCAAACGCGUAUUCAGCAACAAACAUUUUUGGUGGUAUAUUAAAAAUGUCUUCGAGUGCGGUAGAUGAUUUAUUGAAUUCCCCGGAAUAUCAUAGUGAUGAUAUAGGGGAUAUAGGUGCCGAAGAAGAGGAGGCACUUUUAGAGGAGGAAUACGAACAGCAAGAACAGCAUAACCCUGAAUUGCAGGAUGGUGAAAUUUUAGACCUCGACAGUGGGAAUAUCAUUGAAGAAGAGGGUGAUGAGACCUUUGAGCGAGAAGAUAGGUUUCAUUCUGAACGCCCCAUAAAACAAGUUGAGGUUCAGUUAAAAUCUUCAGGUCCAAUUAAAAGUAAUUGGAGCGAUAACAGAAAUAAACGUUCAAUGCGAGGCGGUUACAGAAAUAAUAAUUAUAUCCAGAGACGAAAUAACUUUCAAAAUAACACUCAAAAUAAGCGAGUGUUAAUAAAUCCGCACUUUAAGGGACAUGUUCCUGUAAGGAAUAACAUAAGUUUAGUUUGGGAUAAAAACUUAAAUAAAAAGCCCCUUAUUCAUGUACAACCUUGGGCGCAAAAUCCGGUUUGUCAAAAUAACCCAUGGAAUCAAUCUUGUCAACAACCCCACCAACAACAGAUCCACUCUGGAUAUUUAAUACCACAAAAAAUAGGCGUUGUCGCCUCAGCUGCUUCUAACGUUUUUAUACCUCCCAUUAAUAACCAACAGUACAUUCAACCCAUCCCCCAAAAAAAUGUGCAACAAACAUUUUACCAGCAGCCAAUUUACGCGCCACAACAUGAGCCUAUUAAUGGUUUUAACCAAUUUACACAAUACCAUAACAAUAACAAUUCAUCUACAAUGACAUCUAUAGGUUGUGCGAACCCAGCUCCCUUUCAACAACCUGUUGUUCAACAAAAUAACUACAUUCAACAGCCACGUUUUGAAUCUCCCCCUAAAAACAAUAAUUUUCAACGGAAUUUUGCAGUUAGAGGAGGAAACAAAAUGGUUUCAGUUGAAACUCAUCGGAAUUUAGCAGGACCCCAAGCUAGAAAACGAUUUCUCAAUAAAUCGUCCCCUCAAACGAGAACUAACCUCCAACAAGUAAAAGUGGCGGAUUAUAUCCCACUGAAUACGAAGCAACCAGAAAUAACGAUUAAGAUUGAAAAAGGAAUAGAAGAGGAAGAUGAAACUGUGAAGAAAUACCGUCUCCUUAUCGAAGAACAAAAAAAAUUGAGGGAGGAAAUUUUGAGGCGGAAAGAAGAGCGUAGGAAAAACGCGGCUGCAGGUGGUAGUGGCGAUAUCGUUUCGGAACCGUUGGUUACAUCCAAAGUGUUGACGAACUCGUUAAAAUGGAGUAAAACGAUAGAAAAUAAUAAUAUUGUAAACGAACAAAAAAAUGUAACGGUUAACGACGUUAAUGUUGAGAGUAAUUCGUGUACAGCUGUCGAUAAGAACGCGGUCACUUCGUUCCUGUCGAACAGGAAGAUUAUCGCUAAGGACGAUACGCUGCCCGACACAUCGAUCGUUGUGGUAAGCAAUUUGGCUACCGGUUCUACGGAAGUCAAAUUGCGAAAACUGUGCAAGGGAGUCGGUGACGUUAAGAAUUUGGUAAUAUCACCGGUAGAGCGUCAGGCAACAAUUGAGUUCAAAAGUGUUGCUUCCGCUCACACGUUUUAUAAGAAAUACCAGCGUUUUAUGUUAGAUUUGUCUAUGAUUCAAGUUGUACUUAAAAAAACAUAAAUUUAUUAAUUACUUUUUAUCGACUUUUCGUCAUCAUUGUUGUAUUCUUUUCUUAUAAUUAAAUAAUAAAACGUAAUAUAUUUAGAUUUAAGUUAUUUUUUACUAUGUAUUUACUUGUUAUUAAUUAAUUAUUUCAUAUAUUUUAAGUUGAAUGAGAAAAAAAUGUAUUAUAUACACGCUUUUCUUAGAUCAAAAGAUUUUGCAAAAUAAUACAAUGAAAAAAUUAAUUUUGUGUGUGUAAUGCUUAAUAAACUUUUUUAAGUAUAUCAACACUACACUUUAAGAGUCAUUCACUUUUAUAAUUAUUGAUUAAAUCUAAGUCAUCAAACAAUAUCAUGUAUAUUAUUUUCUUUUCUCAUCUUAUCUUUAAGCAUUUAUUCUUUCGUUAUUAUCUAAAAUAAUCGAUAAUA